AUGUCGGCUGCUAUGAAGAUGGCUCUACAAGCGCUGUAUUUUCUUAUAGUUUCUCUGGGUUAUUUUGUUUCUGCUGAGUUUAUACAAGGCUCAGUUUCGCUCAACAGUGGCGUAUUUGAUAAGGUGGUAGAGAAACACAAGGCUGUCCUGGUCAAGUUUGAUGAGAUGCAUGCAUUUGGUAACAAGCAAGAUGCAUUCAAAGAGGUGGCCAGGGCCAGUAUACAACAGCCAGAGUUGCUGGUGGCAGAGGUUCCAGUCUCAGUGUUGUUUAUCUUGUCUCUUGUUUCAGUGUCUGGUGACAGUGUUGUUUAUCUUGGUGACAGUGUUGACAUCUUGUCUCUUGUGUAUCUAUGGCUGGGCCGAACCGGAUGCGUGGAGGAAUUUGAUAAACUGGUGAAAGAGUUUCUGGGCUCAGCCAAGGACGAGAGAGCUGCAUUGUUAGCCAAGGCUGAACAAGCUGCCCAGUGGCUGACCCAGGAGGGAGAUAGAGCCUCAGCUGAGGUCUACAUCAAAACCCUGAGGAAGGUGGUGGAGAAAGGGGACAGCUUCAUCAAAAAUGAGGUGUCUCGAGUGGAGAAACUCCGAACUGGGAAAAUCACAGACAAGAAGAAGGAUGAGCUGAACAAUAGACUCAACAUUCUAGCCACGUUCCAGGCAAAUAUCAAAGAUGAGCUGUAG